AGAGACCCCUCCUAUAUAAGGGAAGAGGAAAAUUAUUGAUUCAUCCACUGACUCUCAAAAACUAAACUCUCUCUCUCUCUCACUCUCUUUGUUUCUGUUUCUCUCUCAACCUGAUUCUAACCCAGUAAACCAUUUCAUCAUAUAUCCACUUUCUUGCUCUCUUUUUAUCCAAAAUUAGCAACUUUCUGUACAAUUCUCCACCGACGAUGCAGACUCAGUUUAAGGAAUCGUUGUUGAUGCCUGUCUUACGUAAUCACCGUUUCCAUGUAUCUGUGCUUCGAUCUAUAACAAUCAUAAUGAAUGCCAUUCACCCCAAACUUGUUUACCAUGUGUUUUUAUUUUCCUGCUUCUUCUUUUUUUCUUUUCCUUUUUUUUUUAUGGUUGCGUAUUCAACAAGUGUACUUGUUCAUUGGGUUACCAUCUGAUCUGGGAAAGUAAAAAAAAAAAAAAGAUUUUUGGUUUCUGAUUGUUGGAGGUUUUUGGUUGUUUGAUUAGUUUUGAUUGGGAUGAUGAGUUUGAUGAGUACAAGUGAAUGGAGAUUUCCACUUUGAUAAGAAAAUCCUUUUCUUUUUUGGGUUUCUUUUGGUUGUAUAAUUGUAGAAUAUCCCAUCGUUUGGGAAUAGUAUACUUCUUCUCAAAGUUUUCUUCUUUGGGGUCUUCUUCACCUUAUAUUUCAUCCUCAAUUUUCUCUAUUUGAGUCACCCUUAAUCAAGCGUUUUAUAAAAUGAUCGGUCCUGAUUUUUUGGUUUGAUAUUUGUGAAAGUAAUAGCUAUUUGUCUUUCUGAUGAUCCUCAGUUUCAUGAUUCUGUAGGUGUAAGUGCAUGCCUUUUGGUACUUUUGAUUUAUAAUGGCCAUAGUAAAUGGAGACAGAUAAUCGUGUGAUUCAGCUUUCCCUUUUUUUACUUUUGUGUCACAUAAUUUGUUUUUAUAAGCAUGUUUUUCUUUGUAGGUUUGAGACCUGAGAUUUGCUAGUCAAUUAUAUUUUUGAGGUACAUGUUUUUGCAAGUUAGAACUUAGAACAAUGUGUAGAGUUUCAGAUGCUACAAUUAAAGAAACGGAAAUUAAUUAAUGUAGUAAUACAUUUGCACAUAUUUUCAUAAUUCCCAGAAGUGUUAGCUCUUCUCUUCUGCAAAGUUUGGGCACUGUGUAAGGUUGGCAGUGCCCAUGGAUGCCACAACCAGCGGAACCCCAACUAUCCAAUACCAUAACAUCCCUGAUCAACCAAUUACUGCCAUUGUUGCCACACCACUGCCAACAUUUCAACGUCAGCAACGCCAUUGCUUCGGCGGCUCCGGUCUAGGAGAGUUUUUCUUAUCUGCUAAUCCCUCCAUUGUCCUUCAUGUCCUUACAGCAUGUAAUUUGGAUCAUCAAGACCUUGCUAAACUUGAGGCAAGUGCUGUGCUUAUCUGCUUUUCAGCUGCUAAGAAGCCAGCAAACUUUAUUCCUGAUUUCAGUUUGUCCUUGUCAGAGCUUGCUGCAUUGGACAUGUGCCAGAAGAGAGCCAUCUUUAAGCCAAUGACAACAGAACAACGUCAGCAUUUGAAGCAUAUAUGUGGGGGUUCUUGGAAAUUGGUUCUGAGGUUUUUACUAGCUGGAGAAGCAUGUUGUAGGAGGGAGAAAUCACAAGCAAUAGCAGGUCCUGGUCAUAGCAUUGUUGUGACAUCAAAAGGGGCUGUUUAUUCAUUUGGGUCCAAUAGUUCAGGACAACUUGGGCAUGGCACCACUGGAGAGGAAUGGAAACCCCAACCAAUCAGAGCUUUGCAAGGAAUCCGAAUUAUACAAGCUACUGUUGGGGCUGGGAGGACAAUGUUGAUCAGUGAUUCUGGGCAGGUUUAUGCCUUUGGGAAAGACUCUUUUGGUGAAGCUGAGUUUGGAAUUCAAGGAUCUAAAAUGGCAACAACACCACAGUUAAUCGAGUCUUUGAAAAGCAUAUUUGUUGUGCAAGCUGCAAUUGGAAACUUUUUCACAGCUGUAUUAUCCAGAGAAGGCAGGGUUUAUACAUUUUCUUGGGGUAAUGAUAGCAGACUUUGUCACCACACCGAUCCAAAUGAUGUGGAACCCCAUCCUUUAUUAGGUGCUCUGGAACACAUACCAGUUGUGCAAAUAGCUGCUGGAUACUGCUACUUGCUUUGUUUGGCUUGUCAACCCAGUGGAAUGUCGGUGUACUCUGUUGGGUGUGGCUUAGGUGGGAAGCUUGGUCACGGAUCAAAAACUGAUGAGAAGUAUCCUCGUUUGAUUGAACAAUUCCAGCUAUUAAACCUUCAGCCCAUGGUGAUUGCAGCUGGUGCUUGGCAUGCAGCGGUGGUGGGGCGGGAUGGUCGUGUUUGCACGUGGGGAUGGGGCCGUUAUGGUUGCUUGGGUCAUGGAAAUGAAGAAUGUGAAUUAGUACCUAAGGUGGUGGAAGCAUUGAGCAACGUCAAGGCAGUUAAUGUUGCUACAGGAGAUUACACAACCUUUGUAGUGUCUGAUAAUGGUGAUGUAUAUUCAUUUGGUUGUGGAGAAUCUGCUAGUCUUGGCCAUAAUCGUAGAAAUGAUGGACAGGGAGACAUGCAUGCAAAUGUGUCAACUCCAGAGCUUGUCACUUCAUUGAAACGGGUCAAUGAAAAGGUGGUACAAAUUAGCCUGACCAAUUCCAUAUACUGGAAUGCUCAUACUUUUGCCCUAGCUGAAUCAGGGAAGUUGUAUGCCUUUGGGGCUGGAGACAAAGGACAGCUAGGAGUAGAACUUGUUGCCAACCAAACUGAAAGGGGAGAACCAGAGCGGGUUGAUAUUGAUCUUGGUUAAUUGUUUGUGCCACUCCUCCCCAAUUCUUUACACCAUGUCCUCCUUCUAUUUAUGCUCACCCUGCAUAGUAUUUAGUGUUUUAAGUCCCUUGUUUAUUCUGUAAAUAGAAUCAAAGAAUCAUCAAGAAGGGUCCAAACCAUGCUAAAUAACAACUUACAUGGGCCUCAACUACUGUCAUAUUAUGUGGUUGUUGAUAUCAAUCCUAGGCUUCAACUAGAUAUUGAUAGUUGAUACAUUGGUGAAGGUUUAUUUGCUAUUAUAAGAUCAU